CUCGAGGCCGUGGAAGCAAAGUACGACGUCCAGGUACACUCGGUCAUAUCGUCCUCCAAGAUGCAGAAGAAGGUCGCAUCUGUCUUGCGACAUCUCGAUGCCUCAAGCACAGUUACUCCUGCGGCGAAGCCACGGGUAUCGAUCCUGCGUGCUAAAGCAUCUGAUGCGGGAAAGCUCAUCUCGAUAACCGAAAUCGCGAAACGCGAGAUCCUGAAGGGAAAGGAGGCAGGUAGCCGGUGGUAUCAGUACAUCGCGCUAGGAGAAGAGAUCAAAGAUACGGAAGCGGACCACGACCCAACGGUUAUCGAAGAUACCAUUCUCCGGGGGGCAGAUGGAGACGGAGAGGAUGAUUUCGAAGUCAUGAAGACACCGUUUGAGAGAGCCAUCGAGGGUCGCCCAAAGAUCCGAAAAGUGGCUGUUAUGAGUCUGUUUCUCUCCCGGGUUUCUGUCGACGAAUUGAAGAAACGCUAUACCGAGCAGACGAAU